GGAGGGCGCUGCCGGCGGCGGUGCUCAUGGUGGCGAUCGGCGCCCGGGUGUGAUGCGAGCGUCAUGGUGGAGAUGCUGGCUUCGCGGCGGUGAGAGAGCAAAGGAGGGCGAGAGGCAGCCAAGGGCGGAAGGCAGACCAGUUCCGAUCGCUUUCUUCCCUCUCUCGCUUCACCCCACUGUAUUUUGCCCGUGGUUUGCGUAUUUACAAUCUCUGGACUCCAUCCUUUCCCUACCACCGAAAUCUCCCCGUUUCUAAAUGGAAUUAGUGGAGAUUGGAGCCUCUGGUGUAACGCACAGACAUGAUCUAUGGACGCAGUUUGUUUCACAUUAUAGCAAGUUUAAUCAUCCUCCAUUCUUCUGGAGCAACCAAGAAAGGAACAGAAAAACAAAUCACUUCGGAAACUCAGAAGUCGGUGCAGUGUGGAACCUGGACAAAGCAUGCAGACGGAGGUGUCUUCACUUCUCCCAACUAUCCCAGCAAAUAUCCCCCAGACCGAGAGUGUGUCUACAUCAUAGAAGCUGCCCCAAGGCAGUGCAUUGAACUCUACUUUGAUGAAAAGUACUCCAUCGAACCAUCUUGGGAGUGUAAAUUUGAUCACAUUGAAGUUCGAGAUGGACCUUUUGGCUUUUCUCCAAUAAUUGGACGGUUCUGUGGACAACAGAAUCCACCUGUAAUAAAAUCCAGUGGAAGAUUUCUGUGGAUUAAAUUUUUUGCUGACGGUGAGCUAGAGUCCAUGGGAUUCUCAGCUCGAUAUAAUUUCACACCUGAUCCCGACUUUAAGGACCUUGGAGUUUUGAAACCAUUGCCAGCGUGUGAGUUUGAGAUGGGCGGCCCUGAAGGAAUUGUGGAGUCCGUUCAGAUUCUGAAGGAGGGCAAAGCUUCUGCCAGUGAAGCCGUGGAUUGCAAGUGGUACAUCCGGGCCCCGCCACGAUCCAAGAUUUACUUACGUUUCUUGGACUAUGAGAUGCAGAAUUCAAAUGAGUGCAAACGGAACUUUGUGGCGGUGUAUGACGGAAGCAGCUCCGUGGAGGACUUGAAGGCCAAGUUCUGCAGCACGGUGGCCAAUGAUGUGAUGCUGCGAACGGGCCUGGGCGUGAUCCGCAUGUGGGCAGACGAGGGCAGCCGGAACAGCAGGUUCCAGAUGCUCUUCACAUCCUUUCAAGAACCUCCCUGUGAAGGCAACACGUUCUUCUGCCACAGUAACAUGUGUAUUAACAACACGCUGGUCUGCAACGGGCUCCAGAACUGUGUGUAUCCCUGGGAUGAAAAUCACUGUAAAGAAAAGAGGAAAACCAGCCUGCUGGAUCAGCUGACCAACACCAGUGGGACGGUCAUUGGCGUGACUUCCUGCAUUGUGAUCAUCCUUAUUAUCAUUUCUGUCAUUGUACAGAUCAAACAGCCUCGUAAAAAAUACGUCCAAAGGAAGUCAGACUUUGACCAGACCGUUUUCCAGGAGGUGUUUGAGCCUCCUCACUAUGAGUUAUGCACACUCAGAGGAACUGGAGCAACAGCUGACUUUGCAGAUGUGGCAGAAGACUUUGAAAAUUACCACAAACUGCGGAGAUCCUCUUCCAAAUGCAUCCAUGACCAUCACUGUGGAUCCCAGCUGUCCAGCGCAAAGGGCAGCCGCAGUAACCUCAGCACAAGGGACGCCUCCAUCCUGGCAGAGAUACCCACGCAGCCAGUCAAGCCCCUCAUCCCACCCGUGAACAGAAGGAACAUCCUGGUCAUGAAACACAACUAUUCACAAGACGCGGCGGAUGCCUGUGACAUCGACGAGAUCGAGGAGGUGCCCACCACCAGCCACAGGCUGUCCAGACACGAGAAAUCCGUCCAGCGGUUCUGCCUCAUUGGGUCUCUAAGCAAACAUGAAUCUGAAUACAACACAACUAGGGUCUAAAACGAAAAUUCAAGCUAAUCUCCAAACUCCUCAAGCCUACCAACUGUUCUUGAAUUAGGAGAACGCAUCCCAUGCUCUGUAUGACCUUACUAAGUUGGUGUUUGUUGCAUUUUUUUUUUCCAAUGGGAGAAACUGUUUUAACUGUGCUUUAUUUUCAGAGAAGAACUAUUUAUACACACUUGGGGCUGUGAAAAGAAAAUUCUGUAGUGAAUUGUGAAAAGUAGACAUAUUUCUAAAUUCAUUCCACUGCCUUUAUCCAAACUUAAGAGUUACAGACAUGUGUUAUUCCUUCGGCAAGACACCCCUGCUGCACAAUGGCGUGUCCAUUUCCUAAUUUGGUUGCUGAUCACCAAGUGCUCCUUAGGUUUAAAUACAUUCGGAGAUGUAUGGAAACUUGAAGAAGAGAUUAGUCCCCGAUUAAGGCUACCCCAGCUUUAUUUUUACUGUCAGUUUCAUGUUUGUUUCUGUGUUGUUCAUGUCUUUGUUACAUGAUUGUACCUGUGUGAUCUGUGGGGGAAAAACCCCCACAUCUUUGGGUGAACUUUGUGUUACAUGUACAUUGUUUUCAUUAUAUAGACUGCUUGAGAAUAGUGCAUUCCUGCGUGAUUUUGAACAAGCUGCAAUGAAAAUUGGAAAUGUGGAUGAUGGCAACACCAGCUAGAGGUUCAAUGGACUGUACAAAUCUGUUGUUUUAUUAUAAUGAAAUUCAGUAAAAUCCAGAUUGCAAUAAGACAAAUAUCUGCCCCACCUCUGUCUUUCUUUGUCUCCCUCCUUAUCGUUCUAUGUACCCCUGAUUUCCGUUUUGUUUUUAUCAAGGAAAAAUAUUGAGUUUCAUAAAUGGCUUUUUGAAAUCAGGUAUUUUACCAUUCAAACUCUACAACAGAAUUUUGUUUGAUUAAGCACUUAGCAAUAUGAUUGAAUUGAAAGUUUGAGAAAAUACCCUGCAUGUCCGUACUGGAUAUUUAGGUUGGAAAAUGCCCUCUUUAUUAGACACAUUGUAAAAAGCAUGCAUUCUCAAAUAUUGCUGUUACUCCUCCAUUUCUUUGUGUCAUAU